GCCUUACAGGUCAAUCAAGUUUCCCACUCGUCAAACCCCUAAUAUCAGCAUUGCCCUUUUUUAAAGUUAUUGUCCUUAUCGAUUCAGCGUGGAUUGUUGCCAAUUUCGUUUCAGCAAAACACACAGAUUGAACGGGAUGAAACGAGUGGAAAAUUGAAUGUAGAGAGAGCGUAGGGGAGACCAGAAUUUCUCCGGACACCCAUGGAAAACUUCAUCGGCCUUCUAAGGAUUCGAGUCAAGCGCGGCGUGAACCUAGCCGUUCGUGAUGUUCGUAGCAGCGAUCCUUACGUCGUCGUCAAGAUGGGCAAACAGAGACUAAAGACCCGGGUGAUAAAGAAAGAUGUAAAUCCUGAGUGGAACGAAGACCUGACGCUUUCAGUAACAGAACCGGAUCGUCCAAUAAAAUUGACGGUGUAUGACCACGACACGUUCAGCAAAGAUGACAAAAUGGGCGAAGCGGAGUUUGAGAUAAGGCCGUUUAUAGAAGCGGUGCAUAUGAAGUUGGAAGGGCUGCCGAGUGGGACGGUGAUAAGAAGAGUGAACCCAUGCAGGCAAAACUGUUUGGCGGAUGAGAGCUGCAUUACGUACAGCGAGGGCAAGAUUGUGCAAGAUUUGGUGCUCAGAUUGCGCAAUGUUGAAUGUGGUGAAGUAGAAAUCCAGCUGGAAUGGAUCCGCAUUCCUUCUACUUCCCGUUCUCUUUAGGACUCAUUGCUAUCUAUUUUCCUCCGGAUUUGUACCCUGGCUAGACCUUUUGUUUUCUGUUCCUCGGUCCCCUGCUAUUUGUCCCUGUAUCUAUUUUCUGCCCUGUUUUCCCCCUCCCCAUCAAUUUCCUUCUCUGCAUGGAGCUCUGCAUGCUUUUAAACGCGUUUUUGUUGCUCAAUGUAUGACUCCUUCUCUAGACAAAUGGUGGAUAACGAGCAAAUAUUUUUUGGGUGGAUAGAA